GUGAGGUGCACACAGAAAUAAAGAAGGGGAACGCCUUUUUUUACUCUCCUUGACGAUUUGAAUAUUUUUUACUGUUUCUGCAGGAAUAUGGAUGUGACAGUUAUAGGGAGUUGCAUGACAGAUCUCGUCAGCUAUGUACCAAGAUUACCCAAGCCAGGUGAGACCCUACAUGGUACCAAAUUUGCAAUAGGAUUUGGAGGAAAGGGAGCUAACCAGUGCAUUGUUGCAGCACGAUUGGGCGCCAAAACAGCUAUGGUAGCGAAGGUUGGUGAUGACACUUUUGGAAAAGACUACAUUCAGAAUUUUAAGGACAAUCAAGUUAUGAUAGAGCAUGUUGAGGUUACAUCUGCAGCAGGCACGGGUGUUGCACCUAUAUGUGUAAAUCAGGAAGGACAGAAUUCCAUUGUUAUUGUGGCGGGAGCAAACCUAUUAUUAACAGAGGAUAAUGUCCGGGCUGCAGAGGCUGUUGUCAAGGAAACCAAAAUUGUCGUCUGCCAAUUGGAGAUUCCUGCACAAUCAACACUUGCAGCUUUAAAACUUGCCAAAAAACACAACGUGAGGAGUAUUUUCAAUCCUGCUCCAGCACAAUCUGGACUUUCUGACGAGUUCUUUAGUGAGUGUCACAUCUUCUGUGCCAAUGAAACAGAGGCGGAGAUCCUGACAGGUUUACCAGUAAAAGAUAUAGAGGGCGCCUGUAAAGCUACUCUGGCCUUGCUGGACAAAGGCUGUAGCGUGGUCAUUCUCACACUAGGGGUCAUGGGGUCAGUGUUUGCCACUCAGGAGAACCGGAAACCGAUUCAUGUAGCGGCUCAAUCGGUCACUGCUGUUGAUACCACUGGUGCUGGUGAUGCCUUCGUUGGAGCGCUUGCAUACUACCUAUCCAACAGUCCCUCACUGACCUUACAAGAGAUCAUACAGAGGUCAACUGAGGUGGCAGGGGUCAGUGUUCAGUCACCUGGAACUCAGACAAGUUUUCCCUGGAAGAAAGACCUACCACCAAAGUUGUUUAGUUGAUAUACAUACAUGUGGUUAAUUUUAUAAUGAAAUAAAUAAAGAG